GCGCGGCACUGUAGUUCCCUCCUCGCGCCGCUCCCUGGCUUUAGUCUCGCUGUGUUGUGGUCACGUGGCCAGCUCCGGGCGCGGCGCUUGUUUUGGUUUCUCCUGCUUGCCUCUGGCAGCUUCGGGUGAGCGACUUUUCUGUGCCGGUUGCUGCGCCUGUCUACACUCUGACCUCCUUUUAGGGCUCUCUCAGCCUGAGUUCUGCAAGCCCUUCGGGGCCGGCUCCUGCCAUGCCGCUAGUCCGCUAUAGGAAGGUGGUCAUCCUCGGAUACCGCUCUGUAGGGAAGACAUCUUUGGCACAUCAGUUUGUGGAGGGCAAGUUCUUGGAACGCUAUGAUCCUACAGUGGAGAAUACUUACAGCAAGAUAGUGACUCUUGGCAAAGAUGAGUUUCACCUACACCUGGUGGACACAGCAGGGCAGGAUGAGUACAGCAUUCUGCCUUAUUCAUUCAUCAUUGGGGUCCAUGGUUAUGUUCUUGUGUAUUCUGUCACAUCUCUGCAUAGCUUCCAAGUCAUUGAGAGUCUGUACCAAAAGCUACAUGAAGGCCAUGGGAAAACUCGGCUGCCAGUGGUGCUGGUGGGGAACAAGGCAGAUCUCUCUCCAAACAGGGAGGUCCAGGCAAUUGAAGGGAAGAAGCUAGCAGAAUCUUGGGGUGCCACAUUUAUGGAGUCAUCUGCUCGAGAGAAUCAGUUGACUCAAGGCAUCUUCACCAAAGUCAUUCAGGAGAUUGCCCGUGUAGAGAAUUCCUAUGGGCAGGAGCGCCGCUGCCAUCUCAUGUGAGCCUUCAGGCAUGGGGUAGCUGCCUUGAUUCUGCUCCUGGCACUUGCCAGGCUCCAGUGGGGGCAAGUCCUCAGGACUUCACGGGUAUGGUUGCCAGCUGUGUUCCUGGACCUCUCGGGACACAAUAUGGUACCCUCAUGUUUGCACACUUUCCCCAGGCUCCAAUGGCCUGGUUGUCAAUGUUUACAAAGGGGCAAGGAUGUCUCAUCGGCACUAGCCUCAGCCCUCUGUUUUUGCUAAAUGAACUCUUAUAACCUGCAGGGUUGUGAUAUGAGUCCUGGGCAUUGUUUAUUCAGGACCCAGUCUGCUAUGUAGGUUUUGGGUAUUGGCUGGGUGAAGGGAGUUGGGGACUCAAGUGGAGCUGGCUCCCUGGAGUGAGAAUGUAUAUAUGCAAAUAAACUGAGAAAUCUUUUUGUCAUUGACUUCUCUGUAUAUGGGGAGCUCAGGGCUGAUAUUUCCUUUUCCAAGGAGUGAUGAGAAUGGUCUUUGGUGGGCUAAUUUAUUUUUUCCUAUCUCGUUCCUAUUCCUUAGUCCUUACUUAUUCAGGACCAUUACCCUAAGACUUACUACUUGCCUUUCCCAACUCUUUUCUACUGGAUUCUCCCUAUACAGGUACCUGUUGGCUGCCACUCCCAUCCAAGUUUGUAGCCUCUCACCAGCCCCUUAACUACAGAAACACCACCCUCUAGUGGCCAGCUGCCACUUGCUGACCUAGCUUCUUUCCUGGGCAUUGGCAUUUGCGGGAAGUCAGAGGGUAGGAUUUGAAGAAGAGGAAGGAAGCCUCUCAUUCAUAAUGACAUAAGAAUUGAGGAAUGUAGAGGCAAGGACUAAACUGUUUUGAAGAUUUUGUCUUUCUAAGAGAGUUGAGUAAAGAAAUAAUCCUCUGCUAUGUAUCAAUCCCCUUGUAUACCCGUCUCCAAUGCCUUUCAUUAAAAUGGAUUUUCCUUGUUCUUUUCA